CACAGACCGUCUGGAAGAUGCACGGCACGAUGGGGCAAGAGAGUUAGUCUACACGGAUUAUGGUAAUGUCAAACAUGCCAGCGAGCCGGAGGCCGGAGAUAGCGAUCAUCCGAUAAUCGCGCACGGGGGGUGUAGCUUGUAAAUGAAUGUUUCUCGCGUUCCCGCGGGACUCGUCGAGAUUCGCGCGACGAGAUGUGACCGCGCAGAUCGCGGCCGUAACGUGAAGAAGUAGACCGCGUCGCGAUCGACGAAAAGCAACGGGACGAGAAGAACGGGACGUUAGAAUAAAAACGUUGAGAGAAACACGACAGCCGGGACGGCACGCAUUCUCCGAGGUCUCGGUCCGGACGCCUUCGAUCGUUCAAGAUGGAUUGGGAUAUGAUAACGAUGGCGAAUCUGCAUCUGACGUCGACCGAGCAUCGCUAUUACGGUGAUGUAUUUAUAUAUUGCUGCGAGAACACGGACAGCGACAGCGUGCCUGUUAUCAAAGUGGCCGAAUUGUUGCGCUCGGCUAACUUACCCAGGGAUAUCACGAUGAAGAUAUUGGAUAUUUGUAUGGGAACUAAAAACAACACACAUCUGGGCAAGAAACAAUUUUAUGCAGUAUUGAAACUCGUAGCUGUCCAUCAGGCUGGCUUGGAAAUCUCCGAAGAUAUGAUAACAUCUUCAGAUAUUAUUACUUUACCAAGAUUUACAUGGCCAACCUCUGGUGAUGAGGAUGGCAGAAGGAGUUCAGAUUCAAUUAGAGGAAUAAAGAAUAGACACCAUCCUCCAGAAAGUACUACUGAAAGCGAAAGUGAAGCAGAAUCUCCACGUGAAACUGGUGGCAGCACAGAUUCUCCUACGCCAACAAACAGUGUGAUUCAAGAAAGAAAUGAUGGUAUAUUGGGUAGUGAGACAAUCCUGGAUUCUGUUUCUGGAGGUUGGCAAGGUUUAUUAGUUUCUGAAGAGCAAAGACAGCUAUUGGGUACAGAGGAGGAGAGUUCAGAACGUCAUAGCAGCGAUGAAGGUGAAGGAGAAGGUGACGGUUCAGGUUUUCCACCGGAAGAAGUAUGGAUUAUUAGUGAUGAACAACGUGAUUAUUACACUGCGCAAUUUGCGCAAUUGCAACCUGAUCCAGAAGGUCUUCUGGCAGGGCCUGUGGCCAGAACAUUUUUCGAGAAAUCGCGACUUCCCGUUUCCGAGUUAAGGCGUAUUUGGCAGCUUGCAGAUGUUACUAGGGACGGAGCGCUCAGUUUACAAGAAUUUUAUGUAGCUAUGCAUCUUGUUGUGCUGAGGAGAAAUCAUGUGCCUCUACCGGACGUUUUACCUCCGUCCUUAUCAAUUCCAUUAGUCAUGCAAACAACUGCCGAAUCGCAAAUUCCAUCGGCAACAACUGUUCAGAAAUCGCCGCCGAAUUCUGCGAAUACUCGUGAGAAGAAUAGGGAAUGGACGAAGUUUGUAGAUUCGCCGACUGGAGCAAGCAGUUCGGUUACCAGCCCAGGAUUGCAGCUAGUGAAUUUUGAUUUCCAAAAAUCAGCUGUCGAACGAGAUCCAAAGAUUUUGCAUCCUGUGGCGUUGCGCUUAACGCCCGAAGCGGCAAUUCUCGCUUCUGGUGCUAAUGGCAGCAGUAGCAGUUGUACUACCUUGGUGGAUGAUGAUUUACAACAUUCUGCGGCAUCAUUAGUGCAACGACCUCUUACAAAGAAACCCUCCGCAGCUCCUGAAGACACCGUAAUCGUGACUCCCAAGAAGGAACCACCACCUCCACCGCCACCCAGACCAUAUAGAACACAUGCGCGCAGUUCUAGUCUCGAUCUUAAUAAAUUAGGGAAAAAUGGUCAAAGUUUUCUUGGGGCACCACCACUAGUACCACCUAGAAUUUCGCCAGGAAUCACUUCGCCUCGUAAAUUGGUUGGACAAAGAAGCGAGGGCGAGGGACAAAGAACAUUAAGUGAAAGUCAAGCUUUUGCUGACUUCUCUCAUUUUUCGCCCAAGAGUGAAGUACCUGAGACUACAAUAUCAUCUAUAGAAAAUACAGUGCCACAAUCUCAACAAUUCACUGGAGUGUGCGGAGCAUUUCAUAUUUAUAGAAAACCCAGUCCAAAACGAGAUUGCGGUGAAGAAGAUAAUAGAGACGAAUCGGAGGACGGGAAAAAAUUAACUUUACAAGAAUUAAGGGAGAAGAAUGCGGAAUUACGCUUAGUCUGCGAAGAAUUGACAAGAGAACUAGCUAGCGCACUUCAAGAACGUAUAAAUCUGCGUGCUAAACUCCUACUCUUGACUUGAUGUGAUUAUUAUUCACUAUCAUCCAUUUGAUCAAAGUCGCAUGAGGUAUUAUGUAUCCUCAAUUCAUUGUGAACACAUGUAUUUAAUAUGUUAUGCUAGUCUAAAAUUCUUCUUUUCCUAAUGAUAUAUUCAGUCAUAUUCAUAAUAAUCAAUGUAGGCGAAGGCAAGAGAAAAUACGAUAAAGGAAUUCACAAAAAAGAUUACUUCUAAGUAUUUUACUUGAGAAGGAAAGAGUAUGAUAUAUAAAUUAUAAAUUAUGUAUAGACAAAAUUGAUUAUACAUAAAUCAUUCCUAUAUAUUGAAAUUUAUAAAUGUUUAUGAAUUUGGUUUUGUCAAGUUGCUUGGUUUUGAUGAGCUAUUGUUCAUAUUUAUAUGCAAGAAAAAGUGUUAAGAAAUUCACUAAGAUUUAAAGCUUAUAUCAUUAAAUUUGUGUUUUGCAUGUUACAUUUCACAUAAUAGUUUCCUUUUUCGUCUCCCGACUUUUAUAUACAUUUCCAAGAUUGACAAAAAUCGAAUACAACGGAGACACGGUACAUGUUACUGAAUCUGACAAUUCGAAAGGAAUUCGUAAGCUAAUUUUUGUAAUACAUUUUUUUAGUAUCAGUAUUAAUCAAUUGGUCUUGAUAUUCUUGUAGUCUUUUUUAUAAGAGAGGAUUAAUAUAUCGUGUAUUAUUGUCGUCGAUACUAUUUUAGUAUCUGCUUUUUAUUUGAGAAUUAUCGUAAAAGAUGUUAAAGCCACAUUGAUUAUCUGCUUUCAUCAAAAUCCUAUCAAUCAAUGAUCUGAAACAAUUUGACAAUCUGAUAAAUGACAUUCGACGAGUAAUUAUAUUGUAUUCCUAUAAAUGCAUUAUAUAUUCUAUGAUAAUUUGUUUUUCUAUGUUACAUUUUUAUGCAGAAAAUGAAAAGAAAAGAUGUGAGAUGACUAACUGAGAGCCAAGCGCGGUAAUUGAAGUGCAAGUUCUUUUUCAAAUGUGACUUAUUAAUUGUUCAAAAUCGUAUGUGUCGGUUUUUUAUUUGGAUCAUUAGCACGAACUAUUAAAUAAUAUAUAAAAUAGUAAAGCGUGGAAAGAUGUAAAAGUUCAUCUAAAUAAUCAAAGUCAUAUAGUAAUGUUUAGAAAAUAUAGUUAAAAUACUCAUCAUACAUAUUGGAAAUUUUUUUCUAAAUGAUGCUUUACUCGUCAUGUCACGCUCCCGGUAACGCAUACUUACUAUAAUUAUAAGAUAAGAAGUUGAAAUGCUAAGUGUGUGUGUGUGUGUGAGUAGCUCGGUAUUAGAAUAUUUGUCAUUCAGAAAAUCAAGGUUCGGUUUCUUCCUGACCCUGUACAUGAAUUGAGGAAUUUUAAGUGAAAAUUACUACGUUAUGAUAACAAGUAAUCAAGAGAUAAAGAAUUCAUUUCAUUGUUAUAAAUAAAAGAUAUUGUAUGCUGAUUAAGGGAUGGAAAUUCAAAAAAAGAAAUUUCAUUGUUAUAAAUAAAAGAUAUUGUAUGCUGAUUAAGGGAUGGAAAUUCAAAAAAAGAAUUUCCGUUUCUUAUAGAGUAAAAUUAAUCCUUUACCUCUUGACAACUUGCUUCAAUCAUAUAGUGACUAAUUUUUCCAUUUAAAAUGUCUCAAUAUAUAAGAUGGUAGAAAACUUCUGAUAUAAUGUUUUAAUACGUGAAAGUACUUUCUCAUAAUUUUUUUUAAUGCAAUCGGGAUGUAUAUGCGUGCAUAAAAUUUUUAGUGUACAUAUUGUGACAACAAUCUUCUGCUUUGCUUGCAGAACAAAAUUUGCCAUGCUUGUCGCGUUACUGUUUUCCAAGGAUUGUUUUUUGCUGCGAUGAUAUGUUUGAUGAUAGAUUUGUAAAACAGUAUUGUCAAAUAGUAACGAUGCGUGAAGUUUUAUCGCUUUUUACUAUCUUACCUUGCUCUAAAUAUUUUUCUUGCAUAUGAUUUUUUUUGCAACAUAAGCGUAAAUUUCUCAUAUGACUUUGAUGACUAUAGGUAUUGUCCCAGUAAAGUUGAAAUUUAUCUUCCUACAAAGUUUUUCCAAGAAAAAAGCUUUGCGCAUUGAUACCUUAUAAGUUGCACGAUUUUGCAUAUCUAAUUAUUGUUCCAUUAUUAUUUAUCUCUUUGAAAAAUUUGCCGCCCGAAUACGCAUUUUUGAUUGUAUUUUCAUAUAACUAUAUAAAAAAGAUAAUGUCAAAUGAGAAAGGAGAUAAUCAGGACUGUUGCUUUAUAUCUAUAUAAAAUAUCUAUUAAAUAUUAAAAAAGUAUAUAACAUAAAAAACGUGAAAUCUGCAGGAACAGAAUACUUCGGAAAUGAAUUUAUAUAUAUAUAUAUAUAUAUAUAUAUAUAUU